AUGGGUCAAAGCCUCAUCGACAGAAUCCAGGCCAAGCUGGAGCUCUUCCGUCUCGAGCAGCGAUAUACCCGCCGUCGUAAUCGCCGAUCUACCUUCCAGUCCAAUGCAAUCUACGUCGAUGGAGAAUACAUUUACCAGACGCCAAACACCACCGGCUCGUCUGCCGACUCCAGCAAUACUCGUGUAGAUGCGCUUCACGGUGAGAUGAUGUCGCCCGGCAAGAACGCGCCCAUCACCACAUUUUCUUCCGAGGUUCCUCCAGAAGUCACCAUACCCGAACGCAAGCGAUUGAACCGAUUCAGCUCGAUCCCCAGCUUUGGAGGCGCCUUUGGAGCCAAGGAAAGACCAAGAGUUAUCGAGCGUCGCACCAGCAUGAUCAGAUGA